AUGUCCAAGCCUCGCCGCAAUGUUCGGUUCCAGCGCCGCGGCGAGCGGCGGAUGAGCAUGUCCUCCGACGUCAGUGAUGGCCCCUCGGAGCCCUCCAGCCCAAGCAAAAAUGGCAAUGCCUCGCAUCCGACUACGAUACCUGAGGAGAAGCCGCAGCAAUCCGAGUACGAGAAGAAGAAACAGGCUUUCAUUACCCGGACGAUAUGGACAUUUGUGAUGAUCGCCGGCUUUUUUAUCGCCUUGUUCUCCGGUCAUAUCUAUAUCAUCGUCCUGGUGACUGCCAUUCAAAUUGUUUCGUUCAAGGAAGUUAUCGCCAUCGCCAACGUUCCUAGCAAGGAGAAGAACCUCCGCUUCACCAAGUCCCUCAACUGGUAUUUCCUCGCGACAACCAUGUACUUCCUCUAUGGAGAGAGCGUCAUCUACUACUUCAAGCACAUUCUGCUGGUGGAUAAAGUUCUCCUUCCCCUGGCGACGCAUCACCGUUUUAUCAGCUUCACUCUCUACGUCAUGGGCUUCGUGUUCUUCGUUGGCUCUUUGCAGAAGGGUCACUACCGAUUCCAGUUCACCCAGUUCGCUUGGACUCACAUGGCCUUGUACCUGAUUGUGGUCCAAGCCCAUUUUGUGAUGAACAACAUCUUCGAGGGCAUGAUCUGGUUUUUCCUCCCCGCGUCUCUAGUCAUUACCAAUGACAUCUUCGCCUACGUUUGUGGUAUCAGCUUUGGUCGCACUCAGCUGAUCCAGCUGUCUCCGAAGAAGACUGUCGAGGGUUUCAUUGGAGCCUGGAUCUGCACCAUCAUCUUUGGCUACUUUAUGACCAACUUGCUCAUGCAGUACAAGUACUUCAUCUGCCCUGUCAAUGAUCUCGGUGCUAAUGUCCUGACCGGCCUGGAGUGUGUGCCUAAUCCCGCUUUCGUUUCCCAGCCCUACUCUCUGGCAGUGUUGGGCAUCGAUAAGACCCUCUACAUUGCGCCCAUGCAAUUCCACAUCCUGGCCUUUGCUACCUUUGCUUCCCUCAUCGCUCCUUUCGGUGGCUUCUUUGCCUCUGGCUUGAAGCGCACCUUCAAGCUCAAGGACUUUGGCGAGUCCAUCCCCGGCCACGGUGGUAUUACCGACCGUAUGGACUGCCAGUUCAUCAUGGGUUUCUUCGCUUUCAUGUACUACCACAGCUUCAUUGCCAUCUACAAGGCGAGCGUGGGUGAUAUCAUUGAGACUGCUAUCAACGGCUUGACUGUUGACGAGCAGCUCGAUGUUGUCCGCGGCCUUUCCAAGUACCUGUAUAACCAGGGUGCCGUCUCGGAAACUAUCCUGGAGUGUCUCAAAACUGAGCUCAAGCGCCGGUGA